GUCUUCAGUGCUUCGGUCAAGUUGUGUGGCUCCACUAUCCAUUCCGCUCCUGCGCUACCUAUUGGAUAUUUCAACCAAAAAACCCUCCAUAUAAGGAUUACCACUAACUGACUAACCAACAUACUCAAGAUGAUGAUGCUACAUCCAACUCCUGCACAGCGCGUUAGCAUUCGCGAGGAGCUGCGCGAGCCUGAAGAUCCCGCAGAUAUUGAGCGCGACAUUAAGCUGAUCCGCGAGUGGCUAGAGACUCAGCCACAUCUGCCGAAAGAUAUGGAUGAUAUGCGUCUGACGACAUUCUUGCGAGGCUGCAAAUUCAGCCUGGAGAAGGUGAAGAAGAAGCUCGAUAUGUACUACACGAUGCGUAAUGCGGUGCCCGAGUUCUUCUCUAACCGUGACAUAAAUCGCGAGGAACUCAACAUUGUGCUGGACUAUGUUCACUGCCCCACAUUGCCAGGCAUUACGCCCAAUGGACGUCGCAUUACGUUCAUUCGAGGCAUUGACUGCGAUUUCCAGCCACACCAUAUUCUGGAUGCCAUGAAGGUGGCUCUAAUGAUUGGCGAUGUCCGCUUGGCGGAGGAGUCCGUGGGCAUUGCUGGCGACGUCUUCAUUUUGGAUGCAGCUGUUGCAAGCGCCUCACAUUUUGCCAAAUUCUCACCGACGGUGGUGAAGAAGUUCUUGAUUGCCGUGCAGGAGGCGUACCCAGUGAAGGUGAAGGAGGUGCAUGUGAUCAACAUUUCGCCAUUGGUGGAUACCAUUUUCAACUUUGUGAAGCCUUUCGUCAAGGAGAAGAUUCGCAGCCGUAUCACCUUCCACAAUGAUGUUGAGAGCCUUUAUAAGGUGGUGCCCCGUGAGCUGCUGCCCAAUGAAUAUGGCGGCAAGGCUGGACCCAUUGUUGAGCUCAACCAGUGGUGGAAGCAGAAGUUGGCUGACAACACCGAAUGGUUCAAGGAGCAAGAGGACAAGAAGGCAAAUGAAUCAUUGCGCCCAGGUGCACCAAAGACUACCGAUGAUCUAUUUGGCAUGGAGGGCACGUUCCGUCAACUAAACAUAGAUUGAGAUUACAAUUAUAUUCAAUAUGUUUCACAUGUAUCUUAUAUAUUUUCUUAACCAAUUAACCAUUCAACCAUUUAUUUUGUCCAUUCACAUUUAUAUUGUUCGCUUUAUGCUUCAUUCCCCAUCUAUGUAUUUCAUGUUGUUUCACAUCGCCCUAAAUUGCAGUAAUUACAAUAAAGAAACCACAGCAUAUUAAGGAAUGAAUACAAAGUUC